AACCUCAUGGAGAUCCCGGGUGCACACAGCACAAUCGCCUUUCCGAGCCUUCGGGGGAGGGAUCUGCCGUGUCCACCCUACCCAUCGAAUCGUCCGUGCCCGGUGCAACAGGUGCGACGGAACACACCUUAUCGCACCUAUCGAUCAAACAUCCAACAUACAGAACAGUAAUGCCAGAACCCACUGCCCGUUCCAACAGAAAAGGCCUCGCGACAAUACCACACCACGCACCACCCCCAUAACUGCACAAGCAAGCUCAAACCGCACCGGCAUCAACAGCGAUAAUCAGCAAAAGAGUACACUUGCUCAUAGGGCGCACGGUAAAUUACGGUGAUCCCUUGGGUGAAUUGUGCCCGAACCCCAAACCUGUUGACUUAUCACCAUCAACUCUUCAACCAGCAAUCACCAAAACCUCGAAUCCUGCAUGUUGCAUGCAUAAAGCACCGCCUCACUCGUUUUUUUUUUUUUCCUUCCCCUUUUCUUCCCUUCCCCCCCUGCACCCCCGCCGCGCCCUCUCCUUCGCACACCCGAAUCCCGACUGCAGUAUCGCGGAGAAGAAGCCAAAAAGCAAAUUCCCCGACCGUUCCCUGGGAGAGAAAAAGGAAAGAAGAGACCAUGCACAUCUUUUGAGCUUCAGCUGUUCAAGGAUCACUCCUCCCCUCCAUAAGGCAACCGGAAAAACAUCCAUCCAAAGCCCCACCACCACCACCACGGACCACCGUUCGUCCCGGACCGUAAUGGAGAGGGAAAAAAGGAAGAAAAAGGAAUACCGUACAUCUUUUGCCAUGGCGCACUAUGGAAAGGGCCUAGGGAAGAAAGAGGCGGGGGAAAAAAAAUACCAAGGGCUACGACUGCUCUGCAGAUUCCGCGACCAUAUCACGAAAUUCCAGUAUCAUAGCCUGGCCACCGCCACAUCAUCGCCAGCGCCACAUAAAAGCACCCCCCACAUUCGUCUGAUGUUUUUUACAGAGCGAUCACCGGUGGCACAACCAAUAGCGUGGUGUGUAAGUCGGGCCUUUCUUAUUUUUUUUUUUCCUUUCUUUCAAAAAAAAAAAGGCGGACAAAACCAACCUCUGAUACCGUACGAGUAUGCAGGGGCCUACUGGUGAAACAGAGACCGAGGCUGGGUGUUUAGGUUUAUUUUUAGCCAUGCACCGUUUGGUGGGUGGUGGGUGUUGCGUGUUGCGCAGAGUGAAGGGUAGUUACUCGUAGUGGUGGUGAAAAUCAUGGAUUAUCGCUCGCGUUUGACAGGGCGUUUGGGUGAGUGAGUAAUGAAUGGGCAUAUCUACGAUAAGGUGACAGGAACGUACGGUGAGUCCGUCCGUAUGUAGGCAUGCGAGAAGAAAGAAAUGGAAGGGGAUAGAAUAGAGCGCGGUAAGUAAUAGGGGCGGGAAACAACGAAGAAGAAGAGAAGGGGGGGAAGGGAAACAUGGAAGAAAAAAGUCAACCUCGCCAGGUGCGCACUCACUCGCUAUGACUACCACUCACGGGCGGAUAGAUGGAUAGAGACGGUGACGGUGAUGGUAAUGACGAUGAUGAGAAACUUUCAGAAGCAUACUCCCGCAGCCGAGGAGAAAGGCGGCCUGCUCACCUCCCCUCCCCCCUCCUGCAGUGGGUCAGUCAGUCAUUCAACCCUUCACUCUCCCUGUUCCCCUCUCUCCCUCUAUAGCAUUACCAUUAUCACCCCCACCCCGUCCCGUGCGGUGCAGUGUGGUGCGGUGGGAGAGGAUAAAGGACAGUUCGUUCGUUCGUCGACAACCACCACCUCCCAUCGCUUAAACAGUUUUGCAGGGCCAGGCCAACAACAGCACAGGAGGCUUGCCACCGUCACUUUUGCCUGGCUAGCAGGGCCGGAAGUUGGAAACCAGAUCCACAUUGCAUUAUAACGAAACGUAAAGCAACGCAACAACGCGACGCAACGCAACAACUGCACGGUAUGUAUGUAAGAGCAACUCGUAGGCGUAAACAUGCAAACGGACAGGGCAACAAAAUGCAGUCCUAUUGGGAAUGGGGGAUGAUGCGAUAUUCGGAAUGUUUGUCGCAGCCGCAGAGUUAUCAUGUCACAUAUGCGGUAUCGUCGCACAUAGCGAGUCUGUUAGGACGGGAGGGAGGGAGCGAGCGAGCGAGAGGGGGAAAGGGGGAAAUCAUUCCUCAAUCAGCCCAA